UGGCGGGGGCUCAGGAAGGAGGGUGGCCCUACCCCAGCGGGCUCGGCUCGGGGCCUCCGCGGCAGGUCGGGGUCCUUCACCUGCCGGCUCCAGUCCCGUGCCGUUUUCCGUCCGCGACUCUUCCGGCCCAGAGCUUUCGGAGUGCGGUUGCUCAGGGGAAGCCGUCGCCGCCCCCGCCUCGGGGCCGAGUGAGAGUGCCCGUCGCGUCGCGCCGCGUCGCCCCCCGGGCCGCUUCCUUGCCCCCAGUGGCGGGCUCCGUUCUCCCUCGAAGCACUCCCCCCAGCUCCAUGAAUGGAAAUCGGCUCCGCAGGACCCGCUGGGGCCCAGCCCCUACUCAUGGUGCCCAGAAGACCUGGCUAUGGCACCAUGGGCAAACCCAUUAAACUGCUGGCUAACUGUUUUCAAGUUGAAAUCCCAAAGAUUGAUGUCUACCUCUAUGAGGUAGAUAUUAAACCAGACAAGUGUCCUAGGAGAGUGAACAGGGAGGUGGUUGACUCAAUGGUUCAGCAUUUUAAAGUAACUAUAUUUGGAGACCGUAGACCAGUUUAUGAUGGAAAAAGAAGUCUUUACACCGCCAAUCCACUUCCUGUGGCAACUACAGGGGUAGAUUUAGACGUUACUUUACCUGGGGAAGGUGGAAAAGAUCGACCUUUCAAGGUGUCGAUCAAAUUUGUCUCUCGGGUGAGUUGGCACCUACUGCAUGAAGUACUGACAGGACGGACCUUGCCUGAGCCACUGGAAUUAGACAAGCCAAUCAGCACUAACCCUGUCCAUGCCGUUGAUGUGGUGCUACGACAUCUGCCCUCCAUGAAAUACACGCCUGUGGGGCGUUCAUUUUUCUCCGCUCCAGAAGGAUAUGACCACCCUCUGGGAGGGGGCAGGGAAGUGUGGUUUGGAUUCCAUCAGUCUGUUCGGCCUGCCAUGUGGAAAAUGAUGCUUAAUAUUGAUGUUUCUGCCACUGCCUUCUACAAAGCACAACCUGUAAUUCAGUUCAUGUGUGAAGUUCUUGAUAUUCAUAAUAUUGAUGAGCAACCAAGACCUCUGACUGAUUCUCAUCGGGUAAAAUUCACCAAAGAGAUAAAAGGUUUGAAGGUUGAAGUGACUCAUUGUGGAACAAUGAGACGGAAAUACCGUGUUUGUAAUGUAACAAGGAGGCCUGCCAGUCAUCAAACCUUUCCUUUACAGUUAGAAAACGGCCAAACUGUGGAGAGAACAGUAGCCCAGUAUUUCAGAGAAAAGUAUACUCUUCAGCUGAAGUACCCGCACCUUCCCUGUCUGCAAGUCGGGCAGGAGCAGAAACACACCUACCUGCCUCUAGAAGUCUGUAAUAUUGUGGCAGGGCAACGAUGUAUCAAGAAGCUAACAGACAAUCAGACUUCCACUAUGAUCAAGGCGACAGCAAGAUCUGCACCAGAUAGACAAGAGGAAAUUAGCAGAUUGGUAAGAAGUGCAAAUUAUGAAACAGAUCCAUUUGUUCAGGAGUUUCAAUUUAAAGUUCGGGAUGAAAUGGCUCAUGUAACUGGACGCGUGCUUCCAGCACCUAUGCUCCAGUAUGGAGGACGGAAUCGGACAGUAGCAACACCGAGCCACGGAGUAUGGGACAUGCGAGGGAAACAAUUCCACACAGGAGUUGAAAUCAAAAUGUGGGCUAUCGCUUGUUUUGCCACACAGAGGCAGUGCAGAGAAGAAAUAUUGAAGGGUUUCACAGACCAGCUGCGUAAGAUUUCUAAGGAUGCAGGGAUGCCCAUCCAGGGCCAGCCAUGCUUCUGCAAAUAUGCACAGGGGGCAGACAGCGUAGAGCCCAUGUUCCGGCAUCUCAAGAACACAUAUUCUGGCCUACAGCUCAUUAUCGUCAUCCUGCCAGGGAAGACACCAGUGUAUGCGGAAGUGAAACGUGUAGGAGACACACUUUUGGGUAUGGCUACACAAUGUGUUCAAGUCAAGAAUGUAAUAAAAACAUCUCCUCAAACUCUCUCAAACUUGUGCCUAAAGAUAAAUGUUAAACUCGGAGGGAUCAAUAAUAUUCUUGUACCUCAUCAAAGACCUUCUGUGUUCCAGCAACCAGUGAUCUUUUUGGGAGCUGAUGUCACUCAUCCACCUGCUGGUGAUGGAAAGAAGCCUUCUAUUGCUGCUGUUGUAGGUAGUAUGGAUGCCCACCCAAGCAGAUACUGUGCCACAGUAAGAGUUCAGAGACCCCGACAGGAGAUCAUCCAGGACUUGGCCUCCAUGGUCCGGGAACUUCUUAUUCAAUUUUAUAAGUCAACUCGGUUCAAGCCUACUCGUAUCAUCUUUUAUCGGGAUGGUGUUUCAGAGGGGCAGUUUAGGCAGGUAUUAUAUUAUGAACUACUAGCGAUUCGAGAAGCCUGCAUCAGUUUGGAGAAAGACUAUCAACCUGGAAUAACCUACAUUGUAGUUCAGAAGAGACAUCACACUCGAUUAUUUUGUGCUGAUAGGACAGAAAGGGUUGGAAGAAGUGGCAAUAUCCCAGCUGGAACAACAGUUGAUACAGACAUUACACACCCAUAUGAGUUUGAUUUUUACCUCUGUAGCCAUGCUGGAAUACAGGGUACCAGUCGUCCUUCACACUAUCAUGUUUUAUGGGAUGAUAACUGCUUCACUGCAGAUGAACUUCAGCUGCUAACUUACCAGCUCUGCCACACUUACGUACGCUGUACACGAUCUGUUUCUAUACCUGCACCAGCGUAUUAUGCUCACCUGGUAGCAUUUAGAGCCAGAUAUCAUCUUGUGGACAAAGAACAUGACAGUGCUGAAGGAAGUCACGUUUCAGGACAAAGCAAUGGGCGAGAUCCACAAGCUCUUGCCAAGGCUGUACAAAUUCACCAAGAUACCUUACGUACAAUGUACUUUGCUUAAAUAGUCCAAGUAUAUUCUCUGAGAGGAAGUACUGAAAGAUGAAUUGACAUACAACGUAUGUUUCCAGUGGAGUCAAUUGAGUAAGGACACCUCCAGCCAUACAGAAACCAACACUGUGUGGGGGCCAAGGUCUGAUCCUUAUGUUAAUACAAGGAAGAUUGUUUACUUCAUCAAGGAACACAGCAUCAUUAUGCAAUAUGAAACCAGCCAACUGCUUUUUGUGCGGUCUCCUAUAGGAAGUAUCGCAAUUGUUUUGUUUUCAUUUCUUGUAGUCUAACCCUUUUAAUGCCUUUACCUCAAGUUGCUUGGCAGCACAACUAUCUUUGCAAAAAAAAGUAAAGAAAAAGUAAAUGAUGGUUUAAAAAAUACACACCUUCAUAAAUAAUCAAAGUGAUUUUUCAAAAUUAUGUGUGCAAAAAAUUAAUGUGCAUUCAUAUAUUCUUGUAAAAGGUGUCUGUGUAUUUUUAAAAUAUAUACAUCCAUACUUCAUAUGCAUAUAUAUCUAGAUCUGGAUUGAUAAUAGAUAUAUAUGUGUCUGUUAUAUAUUUUAGAGUUCAUUCCAUUGGGGAACUUUCUUUCCCUUUUAUUCAACCCCCACUACCGCCUUUAUUUCUCUAUUUCCCUUGCCUUCAUCACCUACAUUUUUUUCCUAAUCCUACCAGUGACAUUCAAAUGUUGACGUAUCUGGUUCGUUUGAAUAUAAAAUAUGGCAAACUAGAUUUCUACUUUUAUUUUGCAUACCCUACUCCUGACUCCUAUCUCAUACACAAUUCUGAGUUCUCAACUCUUGAUAUUGCUGUCUUAAGAAACAAAAUUUUAUAUAUAUAUGUAUACAUACAUACACAGACACAUAACACACACAUAUAUAUACAUAAAAUGACUUUCUGUGAGAGUGUGUCUCUCCCCUCCUACUCAGAACAUACAUUUACCAUUUGUGCAAUUUGUAUAUAAGCAGUAGCAACCUGAACUAUUCUUUUUCUUUUUUCUUUUUCUUUUUUUUUUUAUGAGACAGAGUCUCGCUCUGUCACCAGGCUGGAGUGGAGUGGCGAGAUCUUGGCUCACUGCAACUUCCGCCUCUCGAUUUUAAACAAUUCUCCUGCCUCAGCCUCCCGAGUAGCUGGGACUACAGGCAUGUGCCACCACACCCAGCUAAUUUUUGUAUUUUUAGUAGAGACAGGGUUUCACCGUGUUGGCCAGGAUGGUCUCGAUCUCUUGACCUUGUGAUCCACCCGCCUCAACCUCCCAAAGUGCUGGGAUUACAGGUGUGAGCCACCGCACCCGGCCUACUAUUCUUUUUCUUUAGUGAGUUUGUUAAAGCUGCUAUAAAUAUAAAACCUGUCAGAAGUUGUAACUCUUUCUCUCUGAUAAUUGAUGUGUUUUCUGAAGCCUUCUGUUUCUAUGAGUUAUACAUGGAAAUUCUUUAAAGGUUUUAUAAAGGGUAAAUAUUUUAAAAGAUUAGAACUCUGUAGGGUUGAGACCUCUGAAAUUGAGUAGAGAGAGAGAAGGGUUUGUUGAGGGAUUUUUUUGUUUUGUUUUUUGAUAGUUUACUUGCUGCCUCUCAUACCUUAAUGUGAUUUUCAUAUAUUUUUUACAUAUAUAUGUAUGUGUGUGUAUAUAAACACAUAUGUAUGUGUUUGGAAGUAUAGCUUCCUUUUCUUUUAUAUUUAUUAGAAUAGUGCUUUAAUAAUUAUAGAAUUGUAUUGGCAGCAUCUUUUAUAGAAAUAUAAUCAUGUUUAUUUUAAGAACUGACAACUUGUUUUUGCUAUCUUUUAGUGCAAUAAGCAGUUUUAAAGGAAAGUUGUGUCUGUUUGCAUCUUUACCAUGGAUAGUAGGAGGAACAGGCACCUCCACAAUUUAAAAGGGCAAAGAAUACAGCCUUAAUUUCAGAAGGAAAGUUUUGCAAUUUUCAGUUUUAAAGCCUAUCUUUUAAAAUUCAUCGUGAUAAAAGGCUGGACACGGUGGCUCAUGCCUGUAAUCCUAGCACUUUGGGAGGCCGAGACAGGUGUAUCACCUGAGCUCAGGAGUUUGAGACUAGCCUGGCCAACGUGGUGAAACCCCAUCUCUACUAAAAAUACAAAAAUUAGCUGGGCGUGGUAGCAGGCACCUCUAAUCCCAGCUACUCGGGAGGCUGAGGCAGGAUUGCUUGAAACCAGGAGGCAGAAGUUGCAGUGAGCCAAGAUUGCACCAUUGCACUCCAGCCUGGGCAACAAAAGCAAAACUCCGUCUCAAAAGAAAAAAAAAUCAUAAUGAAAAUGAAGUGAAAUUGCCUCAAUGAGUCCAACUUGAAUAUUAGAAAUAAAGUUGAACUUUGAUAUAAGAAAUAAUCAUGAAUAGCUUAACAUAUUUAAAUUAUUUGCAAAUAGAUUAUGUUUAUUGAAGAAUCAUAUUGGCUAGAUGCCCAUUUUCAUUUACUAAAAUGAAUCAGGAAAAUGCAAGAUGAUAUUUUAAAACUUUUGCUAAUGUAUCACCAGUGUAACUUUCCUUUUAAAAUUAAGGUGAUAGUAACAAAGGAAGUUAGGACUUUGAUCAUUUUAAAUCAGUUAAAUCACUGAAAUGUAGGAAAUUGUUUUACAAAACUUUUAUUGAUUACACUUUAAGGUAUUAAAAAGUACUAUAAAGCUAUCAAAACCGAGUUUAUCAGUAACAUUGGAUUCAGGGGAGCUUUGCACUUUGUAACUCAUGAAAAUUGCAUUUUGAUUUUUUUUUUUUUUUUUUUGCACUGGUUCAGAGUAUAGAUACUACAGAUUGUUUCCAGUGGGCAUUGUUGUUAGCCUUUCAGAAUUCCAUCUGCACGUGAAACCUAAUGGAUUUAGAUCUUUAGUUUCUCUCUUACCUGUAAUCCACUAUUAUUGCCAAUUCACUGUAUUUUGAGCCUAAAAUCUGAGCCCAUGUCCUCCGACAGGCAUGAAAUCUUUUGUCCCUCUGCCAGAAAACUAAGAAAGUACUGUAUUUUGUAUGUUUAUUAUUUUGAAGUGUCUGAAAUGCAAUUUACAACACUGUUGCAGAGAACUUUACAAAAGGUAAUAUUUGUAUCGUAUAUACAUUUUUUCUCCCAGCCUUCUCCCAUCUCCUCCAGAAAAUUUUCCUAUAAAGAUGGAUUUUUUUACACUGAAAUUUUACUGAAUAUAGUCAGGAUCAUGGGCAAGAGAAGAAAAUAGUAUACACAAGAUGAUAAAAAUUUAAUUCAUCUGUGCUUGAUGAGUGUGAGUAAAACAUCUUCCUCAUGGGAGCUGCACAGAUUCAUGUGGGAAACUUUAGGGAAUGACUGUAGAUACCCUUUCUCUAUGUACUCUCUCACCUAAUUUUCAGUCACUCAUAUAUGCUGAAGUGGAGCCCUUAAUUUAAAUCUAUUUGGAAGGACUUUUUUAAGAGGAAAAAUAUUUUUUCUAAAUUAUAAAGCUUUACCUUUUGAGUGAUUUCUUUUUUAGAGUGCUCUUACACUAGUCAGCAUUGCUAGUUUAAAGUUGAUUAACUUGAAAGAAUAUGUAUACUAUAUUUCUAUUUUGCUAACAAAUUGGUAUAUUAAUUACCAUUGGUUCUUAAUUACAAGAAAAUUUGUGCUUAGAAUUUUAAGAUAAAAGGCUAAGUGACAUGCUUCUUGAAAUUUGUCCUAUUUAUUGUUGCACUUCUGGUGUAGAAUUUCUAAUCUUUUUUAUUUUAAAAAAGUUUUUUUUUUUUAAGUUAAACAUGAAAUUCACAGUGACCCUUCUGCUCCUGCCCUUGCUCACUAACUAUAUCAUGAAUGCUAAAUUUUGGUCUUCUUUUUUCUAUGAUGUAUCCUACAAGACUGACUGUAAAAUAUCAGUCUGGCAACUAGAUAAUUGAUUUUCAUAUGAAGAAGAGUUGGGAGUUUAAUGUAUAUUCUUGAUGGUUAAUGUGUCUACAUAAAGUGCUGAUACAUGUAUUAUAUUACAGUAUCAGGUUACUGGCAUGGAGGACCAUACACUUACAAUAUUGUAGCUGCUAUAUUUAUUUGAGUAGAUUCUGACAGUUACUGCACUAAACAAUAAGGAGAUAAGCAGGAUUCAAGGCUAGUGUUAGACCCUUUUUUUUCCUAAGAGUAAGGACACGGAAUAUCAAAGUAACAAAGGGUGCUGCCAUUUUAGUUUCAAUUUAAUAUCAGGAUAUUCUUUGUUUUAGAAAUGUAGAUUUUGACUUUUACAGUUUGAAAAAGGGUACCUCAGCCUCUUCAGUACUGGUUUUUUGGCACAUUUCAACAGAAAUAUUAGAUUCCCUUUCUUUUUCUUAAUAGUGAUCUUCUAACAAGUUUCUUGGAAAAACUAUUAUUCUAAGGGAAAUCCCUGUUUAUAACCUAUUAAUAUAUUUCUAUUCCUAGAAGAGAGUCUAGCAGGGAUUCUAGUAGGAAUUACUGAGUGUUUCAGAAGGCACUUGAUAGAGGCAUCUCUGCUUUCCAGCACAGGGAUUCUCAGCCUUCUAAAGAUCUAGACCAGUUUCCAAGCUAGCUUCUCCACAGCCCACCACUGCCUAGUGUUUACUUGUGUAUUCUCUAAUGGAUUUUAGGAGGAUAGGCCUUCUGACAGACAAAGUCAUGAAAGACUUAAGGCAUGUCUAGGGAAAUAAAAGCUGACUUGCCCUUCAGCAGGAGUGACUAGCAGCGGAUCUCUGUGUUCAAGGAAAGGGUGAGCACUAAGCAUGCCAGUGAUGGAUCCGAAGUAUUUAGAUGGAUUGCAGACCAGGAAUUAGAGACCGUUUGUGACUCAAGGAACUUGAUGGAUCUGUUUAGAGACCUACAUGAAUUUGCCAAGGGCAGUGAUUUUUAUGAAAUUCAAGAAGCAAACGACUUGGAUACAGCUAGAAUAUGUUGCAGUCUUCCUAUUUCAAACUUGAUUUUAAUAUUUUUACCAAGAAGUUUAACUGACAACUCUGCAAAAUUUUCAUUCAGUAUCAUUAAACCUGAGUUAAAUGUUUGCUUAGCUUAUCCUCUUAGAUGUUCUUCUGUUGAACAGGCAGGUUGCCCUUAACAGUAACUUGCUACUUAAAUUACCUUUUAUUAGUCAGUCAAGCUGCAAAAAUAUCAUUAGUCUGGCAUCUUUAUUUUGGCUUUAUCCAUAUGAAGUAUUCAUUAUUUUCAUUCUUUUUGAGAAUUCAUAAAUGUCUUAAAGCUUCAGUAAGAAUUGUUGGGAGGUUUGACAUCAAGUAACGCCUUCCUGUGUAGCAGUAUAACCCUAAUUUAGAACCUUUGUUUUCCUAUUUCAGUCCUCAUAUUUGAUCAUAGAGAAGCACUUUUGUGAUUCUAUAGGAGUCAAAAAAUAAGCCAAGAAUAGGUAAGUCAGUCAGUACAGAAAUCAGAAAGUGAGAAUUUUCUCCAAAAAAUCUUUUUAAAAAAGUCCUGUUUAUACUAAGAACGUUCUUCAUCAGUUGCAAUGUUAGAAAUGAUACUGUGAUUAGUGAAAGCCAAGCUGAGUCCCAGGAAGCAGGGAGGGGGAGUGUGUGUGUGUGUGUGUAUAGGUAUGAGUGUGUAUAUAUAUAAUCUCAUACACACACACACAGGGAAAAAUUAUUUUGACUUUUUUCCUACUUUUAAAAUGGUACAUUUAAGUUUAUAAUUUUCCAUGUCAGUCAACAUAAUUUUUUAAACCAAGAUACAAUGGUCAAGGCUUGUGCUAAUAUUACCUACUACUCAUUGAAAUUUAUAUUACUUUACCCAUCAAAACUAGUACUCCAGAUGUUUACAUCAUUGAUUAAAUCUCAAGAAUCUUUUGUUCUUAAAAUACGGAAGUUAAAGAUUUUAAUUUGAAUUAAAGACAGAAGGAUGGUAAAUUCAAUAUAGAGGGUUGAGAUUUACCAGUGAGAAACCCUGUUGAAGUAUCAGAUAAAUGGUGUGACAAAAUUAGAAUCCUAUCAAAUCACCUAUCCAGCCAUUGGGGUCCCUUCCUUUUUUAGACUAAUUUCUAAGGUAACCAAAAUCUAAUGUAUCUAUGUUAGGGUCUCAGUAAAGCAAAGAUGUUUGUCAGGGCAUAGACUCUUGAGUUAAAUUUUUUAAUCAUUUUUUAAAGCAAGGCGGUUCUUAGAAAGUGCCUUUUCAGAAGAUGGUGCUGUAGAUUUUUAUUUUUCAAGUAGCACGAAGCUAAGAAUUUUAAAGAUAAAUUAUUUUAGAACUCCAAGAGUGUGACAGUUUCAUAAAAAUAAUGUUAGUUGUUGUCCUGAAUCUCGUCCAAGGGAACCAAGGAAAGCUUUUAUGCAGUAAAGUGUCUAGGUAAAUGCUCACCAAAUUUAUUUUGUAAAUUUGAAAACAAAAUAUUUAGUAGAAUUACCUCUUUCAAUUUUCAACUGUGUUGGAGGAAAUCCAUAAUGCACAUAAAACAGCAAACCUACUUAACUUUUUAACAAGAUUAUGGGUAUAGUACCAGUGUCCAAAGGGAAAUGUAACUUGCCUGGAAUUAUAGGCAACAUUUUCUAAUUAAUCUUUUUUUUUUUUUUUUUUUUUGAGAAAAAGUCUUGCUCUGUCACCUAGGCCGGAGUGCAGUGGCGUGAUCUCAACUUACUGCAAACUCCGCCUCCCGGGUUCAAGUGAUUCUCGUGCCUCAGCCUCCCAAGUAGCUGGGAUUACAGGCAUGCACCACCAUACCCGGCCUAAUUAGUCAUUAUUAAGGAGGACUGCUCAUAAAGGCAGUACCAAAUCAUCAUUCAGAUCAGCUUAAGUGAGAAAGCAAAAUGAUGAUCUCUAUUGUUAGAGAAAUUUUCUUUUCUAGACACCAAGGAAUAUUUUAUAUGAUUUUUCAUUUUUUCUAGGAUACAGGAACUAUGAAAAAUGAUGACAAGACAUUUAAAAGGGUAUGAUCAGUUAAAUAGAAGUAGGAUAUGCAAAAUUGUGCUUAAGGGGAAAUAAGCAAAAGAAAGGAAAAUAGCAGGACCUUUCGUACUAAUUAGAAAUGUAGUUACCUACCAGAGGGCAAUUUUGCUCCAUACCAGGAAGCAGUAAAUAGCAGUAAAUGAUCACCUAGGCACUUCUUUCCUGUGAAUUUGGUGAGCAUUCUUCCAGAAAAGAAGACUAAAAGCAAACAACAACAACAACAAAAAAUACCACACCUCAGUAACCUUGUAUGCUGCAUUAUAUAAUAAUGAUAGUAAAAUUAUAUUGUUUGGAGUGUACUGUGUCUGUUUGCAAAUAUACAUGCACAUUAAACUUUUUUGUUUUUAUAAUGUCUUAAUAGCAAUUAUGAGUUUAUUUUUGUUAAAAUUAAUUUUUCUAUUGUGAUGUUUAUAUUUAUUGGCAACUUGUGUGCAACUUUUAUAUUUUGCUUGUUGGUUUCAAGGUAUUUUAUUUUUAUAGAUAUUUCUAGCUUUCCUCAUUCUUUGUAAUAGCAGCAAAGAUUAAGAUGGAGUGUUAAUAUACCAACCAAACUACGAAUUCCAUAAACUCUAGAGUUUGGAUUUUUACCAAUAAACCAUUAACACUAUUUUGUAACUUAGAAUAUUUAAUGUUGUUUAUAUAGUGGGCAUUAAAGACAGUCUUUAGACAGAUUUCUACAUGUGGAGGGGAGGUGGGGCUUUCCUGUAAGUUUGAUCCUUUUUUUCCCUUUAGUAGCAAAGUAACAUAACAGAUUGGAUUUAUUUUACCUGAUUGCAGUUUUGGGGAAACCUGUCAAAUAAAUAAUUGUUACAUGCCUUUUUUUUUUAACUUUAAGUACAUUGAAACUGCUUAAAUGGUCACAUUUUUCUGCAUUAGGAUUAAGAUAACAUUUUUGUAGGCCUGGAAAACAAAUAGCAAAUGAUUCCAAAUUCAUUGAUAAUUGACUUUGAAAUGAAACUUUUCCCCCAUAAUUUGUUAUAUGGAAGAUUUGCUCCCCUGAUCUUUUCCCUAGCAUACUUCUAAAGUUGAUGGAAUCCCUGAGUGUCAACGAAGAAAUCAGAGUUUAAGUGGCUAGGGAGAGCCAGGUAUAAAGACUGAUUAAUAGAGUACUUCAGCUAAUUAAAAAUUUAAAUAGUAAUAAUUUAUGAAUGUGAAUAAAUUGGAAGGCAGUAAAAAGAAUGAUUAUAGAAUAUUAAGUUCAAUUAUAUAUGGACAGUCCAGUUUCCUAGUGAAUAGGUCAAAAUUAUUUGUUUUGAUUUGUGGCACAAUCAUAGUUCACUAUAACUUCAAACUCCUGGGCUCAGGCUAUCCUCCCACCUCAGCCUCUGAAGUAGCUGGGGCUUCUCGCAUGCGCCACUAUGCCCAGCUAAUGGUUUUUUUCUUUAGAGGUGGGGUCACUAUAUUGCCCAGGCUGGUCUUGAACUCCUAAGCUCAAGUGCUCCUCCCACAUCAGCCUCCCAAAGUGCUGGGAUUACAGCCAUGAGCCACUGCAUCUGGCCAAGAUCAAGAUUAUGGAUAUUGGUAUGUUAACUUUUAAAAUAAAAGUACAUGGGCUGGGUGCAGUGGAAAUCCCAGCACUUUGGGAGGCUGAGGCAGGCAGACCACCUGAGGUCAGGGGUUCGAGACCAGCCUGGCCAACAUGGCGAAAACCCGUCUCUACUAAACAUACAAAAAUUAGCUGGGCAUGGUGGCACAUGCCUGUAAUCCCAGCUACUCGAGAGGCUGAGGCAGGAGAAUCACUUGAACUCGGCAGGCGGAGGUUGCAGUGAGCCAAGAUCGCGCCAUUGCACUCCAGCCUGGGCAACAAGAGUGAAACUCCAUCUCAGAAAAUAAAAAUAAAAAUAAAUAAAAGUACAUGAAAGAAGUAUAUUCCCUUAAGCAGGUAAAAUACUUGCAUUGUAUUUUUACAUCAUGAAUUUGCUUGUUAAGAAAUUUCUUUUCUAUAAGUGGAUAAUAGAUAAACUGUAUUGCAUCCUCUGGGUUUUCAAUUCUAAAUUAUUGGAUUUCAAUGUAUGACAUUUUACUGUAGUGUAUUCCACUGAAAGGCAAGAAAAUGGGAAAGUGUCAGGUAAUUAUAAAUGGGAAAAUUUUAUUUUUAUAUGAUGUAAAGUUUUACAGUUUAAAAUAGAUCAGCAUGUGAUUUCUUGUAGAGAUUAGCCAUUUCAUUUCUUUUUGCAUUUUUGCCAGUUACAUUAGUUUGCCCUGUGGUAUACUAUUCUGAGAUACUUCUUCCACCCCCCCACACAUCAAGUACCAAUUGUAUACAGAUAGUACAGAUUUGUACUCUGAUUAUAAGAAUUUGUUACUACUAAUUAAAAGCAAAUUAAUGUGGCUGGGCGUGGUGGCUCACACCUGUAAUCCCAGCACUUUGGGUGGGAGGCUGAGGCGGGUGGAACACGAGGUCAGGAGUUGGAGACCAGCCUGCCCAAUAUGGUGAAACCCCGUCUCUACUAAAAAUACAAAAAUUAGCUGGGCUUGACGAUACACACCUGUAAUCCCAGCUAUUGGGGAGGCUGAGGCAGGAGAAUGGCUUGAACCCAGGAGGCAGAGGUUGCAGUGAGCCAAGAUCACACCACUGCACUCCAGCCUGGGUGACAGAGCAAGACUCCAUCUCAAAAAAAAAAGCAAAAUAUUUUUGCUGUGAGUGUAUGUCCCCUUUUAAGGAUAUUUAUUGCGCUUAUAACUUUAAUAGUUGUAUUCAUUACAUUUCAAGAUGUCCAAGUUCAGCAGACAUGUAGUUCCUGAAGACCAACAUUUUAGAAGUUGCCUCUGGGCCGGGCACGGUGGCUCACGCCUGUAAUCCCUGCACUUUGGGAGGCCAAGGUGGGUGGAUCACGAGGUCAAGAGAUGGAGACCAUCCUGGCCAACGUGCUGAAACCCCAUCUCUACUAAAAAUACAAAAAUUAGCUGGGCGUGGUGGCACACGCCUGUAGUCCCAGCUACUUGGGAGGCUGAGGCAGGAGAAUCACUUGAACCUGGGAGGCGGAGGUUGCAGUGAGCCAAGAUUGCACCACUGCACUCCAGCCUGGCAACAGAGGAAGACUCCAUCUCAAAAAAAAAAAAAAAAGGUGCCUCUGGUCCUGUGUUUUCUUUUUCCUUCUGAAAGUUCAUAGAAACCUAGCAUAUAGAGCUUAUUUUGCUGUUUUAACUGGUUGGCUCCACAAAUCCUGCUACCUGACAUCAGUACAGCUUGACCACAGUGAAGUACUUGAUGGCUUGUUCAUGUUUAGUUCACCUCUUUAGAAAGAAAGCUUUGUGGCCAGGUGCAGUGGCUCACGCCUAUAAUCCCAACACUUUGGGUGGCUGAGGUGAGCGGAUCACCUGAGGUCAGGAGUUCAAGACCAGCCUGGCCAACAUGGCAAAACCCCGUCUCUUCUAAAAAUACAAAAAUUAGCCGGGUGUGGUGGCGGAGGAUGCAGUGAGCCAAGAUUGUGCCACUGCACUCCAGCCUGGGCAACAGAGUGAGACUCUGUCUCAAAAAAAAAAAAAAAAAAAAUCGUUGUGCAGUAAGUAAUAGAUCAUCCCAAAAAAGAAUUGCCAUAAACAGUGUUAUGCGUAGAAAACAGAUGGAAGUGUUGGUCAUUAGAGCCUUGCUUUUUAAAUUUUAUUCUUUCCAAAAAUUGGCGGUAUGCUAUCUAUAAUUUUAUGUUUGAUAUUGAAGAGGCAACACCAGAGACUAGAGAGGGAGAUUACUCUGAUAUUUAGUGCCUAAAACUUUCAUCUUGGCCGGGCAUGGUGGCUCACACCUGUAAUCCCAGCACUUUGGGAGGCCGAGGCAGGCUGAUUACCUGAGGUCAGCAAUUCAAGACCAGCCUGGACAACAUGGCAAAACAUGUCUCUACUAAAAAUACAAAAAUUAGCCAGGCAUGGUGGUGGGCGCCUGUAAUCCCAGCUACUCGGGAGGCUGAGGCAAGAGAAUCAUUUGAACCCGGUAGGUGGAGGUUGCAGUGAGCCAAGAUCGUGCCACUGCACUCCAGCCUGGGCGACAAGAGUGAAACUACGUCUCAAAAAAUAAUAAUAAUUUUAAAAAUAAAAGACAAAACUUUCAUCUUUAUUUCAUGGCUUUAUGUCAUCUUUAUUUCAUUUUUGGUUGGGAAAACAAAAAUCUCUUAAGUUAGUCCUUUAAUAGUCUUUUUAGAACCAAAGAAGGAAAGACUGCAAAAAUGUUGCAUACGUGACUCUUUAUUGUCAGAAUCUGUAGAAACUGGAGGUCUUUGUAAAGAAAUAGACUAGUAGGAUUGUGAGAAUAUAUAGUGAGGGGGAAUUUAGGAUAAGGCUUCCUUGCUGGGAUCCUUGGGCAGAAACCUUACAAUUGUUUAAUAUUUGCAGAGUACAAGAGCAGCUAUUGCUAUUUGAACCUACAGAAGAGACCUGAGACGAGCGUCUCUGUAAUCUAAAUUUAUAUGAUAAUGUUGUCCCAGAACCAAAGGCACACCUAUUCUCAGUAACUUAGAGAAGUCUUGGAAGUUGCUUCUGAAUUACAGUAAAGAAAUUAAAUGAAGUAUUUACCCUUAAAUAGAGCCAGGCAUUGCUAUCAACAUAAUGUCUUUGGUUUUCCCCUUUAAAUAGAAAAUACCAAGCAGGGCCUUUCCAGACAAGGUAGUCUUUCCUGUAAAGAAAAUGGUUUUGGUGUGGGAUUUGGUAAAAACACUGGUUAGUUUGUAAUGAAGAAAGAAUUUUGGCAUAGACAGUCCAACCCAGUUUAUGGGUACAGUUUGAUCCCAGGGAGUUUAACAAAAGGAAGCUUUGGUUUUGCUAGCAACAGACUUGAACUUCUAUAGUAAUUAAUUGCAAUUAAGGUUUUCCAGGAGCUUUCUAAUUUUUUAGCCCAGGGUCUAACCCCGUUCCCUCUUUAAAAAAGAAAGAAUAGGCCGGGCGCAGUGGCUCAUGCCUGUAAUCCCAGCACUUUGGGAGGCCGAGGCAGGCGGAUCACAAGGUCAGGAGUUUGAGACCAGCCUGGGCAAUAUGGUGAAACCCUGUCUCUACUAAAAAUACAAAAUUAGCUGGGCGUGGUGGCGGGCACCUGAGGCUGAGGCAGGAGAAUCCUGCUAGUCUGAAUUACAAUAAGGAAAUUAAAUGAAGUAUUUAUCCUUAAUAGAGCCAGGCAUUGCUAUCAACAUAACGUGUUUGGUUUUCCCCUUUAAAUAGAAAACACCAAGCAGGGCCUUUCCAGACAAGGUAGUCUGGAACCCAGGAGGCGGAGGUUGCAGUGAGCUGAGAUCCGACCAUUGCACUCCAGCCUGGGCAACAGAGCAAGACUCCAUCUCAAAAAAAAAAAAAAAAGAAGGAAUAGGAAAAGGACUUAGAGGCAGUUUAUAUAGAAUUCUACUGGGGGUAAAUGGCACUCUCAAAAUACUUGGGAAAGAAGAAUCACAUGCCACAAGCUAUAGCUUGAUUAAUAUUUUAGCACGUUUUCCAUGUUUGUAUUCUAAAGUUUGUUUCCUUUGACAUUCCAUUAUCUUAUUUACUAGAGUGCCACCAUUCUUAUUUGUAAUACAAUCAGUGUUUUAUGCCAUUUGUGAAUCACACAAUUGUUCUUUUCUCCCCAUCACACACACUCACACACAAACACACACACACACUGUUAAAAAUAAAAGAGGGGAGGAAUAAAACAAAGAUAGAUAGAAUGAUGAUUAUUACAAUGUAACUUUAACAUAUAUGAAGAGAAAUUGUAACUCAGUUAAGUGAGAAUUGAGAUUGAAAGUAUUAAUAUUUCAAGUAUUAUCUCUAGCCAUGGAAUUUUUUGCUAGCUAUAGAAUGCUAAUGUGAACAGAAUAUAUAUCAGGAAUAUGAUGUAUUAUGGCAAAGUGAUAAAAUUAUUCUUGAUAUUAGCCAGAUGUGGUGGUUUGCACCUGUAGUCCGAACUUCUCAGGAGGAUGAGGCAGGAGGAUAAUUGAGCCCAGGAGUUUAAAGCAAUUCUGGGCAAUACAGCAAGACCCCAAUCUUUAAAAUAAAUAAAUAAAUAAGAAUUAUUCUUGAAAGUAAUAUUCUAACCUUCUGCCAACCGAGAUCCUCAUAUUCUUAAAUAAAAUUAAUAUAGCUUAUGGUUUUGAUAAAUUGGACUCUGAUUUAAACUAAAAUGUUAUGACUUUUAUUCUGAUACAUGGCUUCUAAAAUAUGUAAAAAAUUAUAUUGAAUGAAUUAAUACUUAACCUGUUCAUUUCUCUUAAUUUAUGUAUUUAUUCUGACUUUAUAUACAGCUUAUGUCUCACAUCUGCCUUCUUGAUAUGUGCAAAAUAUUAUGGAAAAAUAGUUUGAAACUCAUCCCAGUUCCUAGUCAAGCGUGGGCUGUAAGAGAGAAGGCUUAAGGUGUUCUUUAAUGGAGGAACUUUUGAAAGGUCACAACUGGAAAAAGCCUAUUGAAAAUUUAUUGCCUUUGAGAGUAGAAAGGGCUCUAGAAUAUGAGCCAGAGACUUGGAAUUUAGUAAUAGGUCUCCCACUGAUUUGCUCCAUGUCCUUAGGCAAUUCUUUUAAUCUCUGUGUGCCUAGUUUCCCCUUGUAAAUAAGAGUGGUAAUAUCUGUCCUCACCUACCUCACUAAAUUGUUGGGGUUCUUUUGUUUUGAGUCAGGGUCUCACUCUGUUGCCCAGGCUGAGCUACAGUGGUGUGAUCAUAGCUCACUACAGCCUCCACCUCCGGCGCCCAAACUAUCCUCCUGCUUCAGCCUCCCAAGUAGCUGGGACUAGAGGUACAUGCCACCACACCUGGCUAAUUAUUUUAUUUUAUUGCAGAGAUGGGGUCUCACAUGUUGCCCAGGCUGAUCUCUAACUCCUGAGCUCAAGCAGUCCUCCUGCCUCAGCCACCCAAAGUGCUGGGAUUAUACGCAUGAUCACUAAAUUGUUGUAAGAAUAAGAUAAUGUUUGCUGAAGCAUUUGAGUUCUCCAAAGGAAAAGCUAUUCAGACUUUCAAGAUAAUAGAAGAGUGUUGUGUGAAGGAUUCCUUUCCAGUUUGCCUCUGUGAAAAUGUCUUUUGUCAUAGAUCAUUUUAUGAAACAGGAAUAAGAGAAACAUAUGCCUUAUCAUGGUGUAGUGUUCACUUACAAACAUAUCCUGUUGUUUCUUCCCUGCAAGAUAUCCAGCACACAGGCUGAAUUUUUCUUUAUAAUAAUCCUUGGCAAAAGCAUAACUUUUCAAAAACCAAAUGAUUUUAGUGGUGCUAUGGCAGCUGCAGUUUUGAGUUAGAUUAAUGUGGUGAAAACCAUCAAAUACUUAGAAAUUGGCUGGGUGCGGUGGUUCAUGCCUGUAAUCCCAGCACUUUGGGAGGCCGAGGUAGGUGGAUCACUUGAGGUCAGGAGUUCGAGACCAGCCUGGCCAACAUGGCAAAACCCCGUCUCUACCAAAAAUACAAAAAUUAGCUGGGCGCGAUGGAGGAUGCCUGUAAUCCCAGCUACUACGGAGGCUAAGGUGGGAUAAUUGCGUGGACCCAGGUGGCAGAGGUUGCAGUGAGCCAAGAUUGUGCCACUGCACUCCAGCCUGGGCAACAAAGUGAAGCUCUGUCUCAAUAAAAAAUAAUAAUAAAAUACAAAUACUUAGAAAUUAACUUCGCCUUUGCCUUCAGGCACUUUUGCUACAUGUUAGCAUCAGAGGCUGUUGUACAACUAGAUGGUUAUUCCCGUUUCUUGGCCGAUUUUUGGUACCUUUCUUUGAAGAAGAGGGUUAGAUUUUAAGAAAGAAAGUGGGCUUAUUUAACUCAUGGCUUUGCAGAAUUUAACUUUGCUUUACUUUAAAAAUUCCAAUCAUCAUGUACCUGUAAAGGUUAAAAUAUAGUGAAAGUUUUUGCUUCGUGUGAAUUCAAUUCUAGGCACCUGCAGGUCAUAUCAGGUGUCUGAUGCAGUUACCUUUAUGGAUCGUGGCAGGUCCUUACAUUUCAGCAGGCUUAUGCAUUUCCAUGGGGGGAAGAGAUUCUGUUCCUAGGAAAUUACAAAGGGCAUACCACUGCAGGGAGUGUAAACAAUUCUUUGUUGCAACAGACAAGAUUUUUUUUAAAAAAAAGAAAAAAGGAUGCAUUUUAGGUACACAGGGUAUGGACGCAUUCAACAUUUACUUUUAUCUCCACAGAUGCCGACCUCCCCUUGUUGCAGGCAGUUGGGCUUUUCCAACUCAUUGCUAACAAAGGUGGCAUCUGCAUUACUUUCAAUGAGAAUUUCAAGUACUGAAGAUGAAAAGUUGGGGAGAUUCAUGUUUGAAAAAUGAAAAAUGAACAAAAAAUCCACCUUGUGCAGUGAGAUAGCUAACACUGAUAUAUCAGGAAUAAUUUUAAACUAUUUUUGCUGUAAUGUGUAGCUUUAAUGUCUCUUUUCAGUUAUGGACCCAUAAAAGUAUUACUAUAUCUUGUGAAUAAAGAUCAUUCUUGUGGACUAGUACGUGGAUGCAUUCAUAGGCUGUGGGAAGCAGUGGUGUGUGUAUGUGUGUCUAUAUCAAUAUUUUAUGUUUAUAACUGCAUAUUAAGUUUAUAUAGAAAAAAAUAAUGUGUUUCUUUAGUGUUUGGGGGACUAAAUUGUAAUAUGACCAUUCCAGUGUAAUCUGACUGCUCACUCUAGAGAACAUUUCUGUUAUACACAAUGCACAUACAAACAUACACCCCUAAAGUGUAGCUAACUGCUCCCACUAGAUAAUUGCUGCUAAAACAAACAAACAAACAAAAAAAACCCUAAGUAAUGGAGGAAGAAAUAGCAUUCUUUUAAAAGGGGCUUUUCUGAAGAGUAAAAUGUAAAUAUAGGACAUGUGGGGAGGGUGGGGCCGCCUGCAAAAUGUCCUGAAGAUGGACAAAUAGCCUUUUAAAUUCUACUUUUUAACCAUCUUUACCGUGUGUGCCUAUUUGUAUUGCAGAUGUGAACUACUAUUUUUGGAGGUUGAUAUCAGUAUGUUUUGAAACUGAAUUAUUACAUAAAAUCAGAGUAACCUCUUUCUCCAUCCUCCUUUUCCACACUAUUCUUGCCAAAUAUUUCUACUGAAACCCAGUUUCAGCAAGGCAAAAUGAUGGGACUCUCAAACCUCCCUCCUCAUCUUCCCUUCCCCUCUGUCUUAUGCCUGGCCUGGCCUUUUUUGUUGUUGUUGGCUUUUCAUAAGUAAGAACAAUUUAUUGUAGUAUUUCAAGACUGCAGAAUUUCAAGUGUAUAUCUAUAAAUCUUUUUUUAAAAUCUUCGGCUACACAGUAACAUCAAUUAAAACAAAAGAGUGAGUCUAAGUCUGUAAUAUGCUAUAGGACCAGAUAAGAUUUUGAAUGAGACUAAACUUGACUGCAAUAUUUUAUUAAGAGGAAAUUGGAACUUUAUGGUGGAGAAUGGAUGAGAGCAAGUCUAUGAUAUAUAUGUAGUCAUUGUAUAAUUAGAAACACCAAAUGCUGAAUCCUAUCACUGUGUUCUUGGGGGCCAGGCCUUGGAUUUGGUUGUCAUUUAAACCCCUUGAAGAUUAUAUGUAAUUAUAAUGAGCAGAAGGCAAAUAAAGUUUUUGAACAAAA